AUGCCGAACACGGCCGCUGUCCCUGGCAGUAAGGCUGACCCUGUGCAGAGUCCCGAUGGCGAUUCAUCGGGCGCCGAGUCCGGGAGCAAGCAAUUGGCGGAUGGCAAUGGCUCGCAUAAUGCCUCGUCGCGCGGGACCAAGAGGAAACGCCCGCUGAUGCUCUUUGUCUUUUUGCUGUCACCCCCCUUAACCCCUAUCUUCUUCCCCAUCCAUUCGCUGCACCCUGCUGUCUUCCUCCCCGCAGUCGGGGAGGGGCAGGUGGGAGAGUUCAUGGCCGAACCCCAGGCUGACCGGCCAAGGUGCGAGCUCUGCAAGCAGAGAAAGGUGAAGUGCGACCGUGCACAGCCGAGCUGUGGGUGGUGUGCCCGCAAUGGCCAACUAUGCGAGUACAAGGAACGAAAGAAACCUGGCCUCAGGGCUGGAUACGGCAAGGAAUUGGAACAGCGGCUUGACAGGUUGGAAGAGAUCAUCAAGGCACAAGCCCGUAUCAUCGAGACCCAUAUUCUCAAUAAUCAGCCUCGCGCCAGCCAUGACUUUUCGCAGGCCGGUGGAGUGCCUUCAUACAGUUCCCCAUCCGAACCAUCCGCGGCUACGGGUCCCAGUCCUCAAACUGCCUUGUACCUGCGCGAGUCCUCCAUGGUACCCAUGUCCCAUCGACAACAGGUCGAGACCGGGACUGGGACAGCCUCGACAAACCAGCACGAUAUCUCCAUCAGAAGUCCGUCUGAUGCUUCCGUCAAACAGACGACACACUCCCGUGUUCAGAAUGGUCUCUCUGCCGCGACGCCGUUGUCGCAAAUGCCAGAAACGACCAGUGCAGACUACACGCGGAACGAAUCGUCCUUAAAGGUCCCCGUCAAUCUCUUCAACAAUCAAGAACAAUCCCUCACCGAUCCUGAGCUAGAUCUACCCCCUUAUGAUUUACUCUACGCCUUAGUCGACCUCUACUUUGAGCAUAUCAACACCUGGUGCCCCAUUCUGCACCGGCGAACUACGCUAGACACGUUUUUCGGGCCAUCACCGCUGGAAGAGGCUGACCGUAUCGUCCUUUAUGCCAUUGUGGCCACGACUCUUCGCUUCUCCAACGAUAGUCGGCUGACAGAGGAGAGUCGGAGGCGGUAUCAUGAUUCGUCGAAGCAAAAGGUUCUGCUAUACGGCCUUGAACACUCGUCGGUGAAGUCGCUCCAGGCUCUGGUCAUCCUCGCGCUUGACUUCGUGGGCUCUUCCAACGGGCCUCCUGGUUGGAAGCUCCUCGCCCUGAUCGCUCGAUCUGUGGUCCAACUCGGAUUGGCUGUGGAAUCGGGGUCUUCGCUCAUUUCAUCCGCCUAUCCGUCCAUCUACACGCUUAGGGCGGUCAUUCUGCCCGACCCGGAGUCGUGGAUCGAGGACGAAAGUCGGCGGCGGCUGUUUUGGAUGGUGUACCUGCUGGAUCGCUAUUCGACAAUUGCUACCGCGUUUGACUUCGCCUUGGACGAUAAGGAUAUUGACCGCAAACUGCCCUGCCGGGAUGAGUUCUUUGCGAGAAAUCAACCGGUCGAGACGCGAUGGUUCCGCACCUCUAAGGAUCGAAGCGAUUACACGAGCCAUGCCGAGAACGUGGGCUCCUUUGGGUUCUACGUCGAGAUCCUCGACAUCCUCUCACGCAUCCAUCUCUUCCUGAAGAAGCCCGUUGACAUCGGGUCCCUCUCCGAUGUCGAAGAAUGGCAAGCGACGUAUCGGAAGCUAGACAGCGAACUCACCUCCUGGGAAUUCAACCUGCCAACUGAAUACGCUUACGAGAACUCGUCCCGUCUCUUCCAUAGCUCCUCCAAGGCGAACAAGACGUUCCAAUGCGACUGGGUGAUGCUCCAUGCCACCUACCAAACGACUGUGAUCCGUCUGCACUCCUCUGCGGCAUACCCGACGACACGGUCCCCAAUCUUUACGCCGUCAUACAGUGCCAGUCAACGAUGCUUGGUGGCGGUGGACAAUAUCCUGUCGCUGACCCGCUUUGUUGUCGAGAACAACAUGCUGGACAAACUGGGUCCCCCUUUUGCUUUUACCCUCUGGGUCUCGGCACGACUCUUACUCGUACACGGUUCGACAAUCGCCCACACCGUCAGUCCCGACAUCUACUUCUUCGUUGAUGUCCUGGCCCGGAUGGGGAAGUACUGGAAAGUGGCCGAGCGAUACAGCUCAAUCCUGCAGCGUGUCUUGGAUGAAUACUCCGAGUACCAGCAGGCGGCUGGAACCGAUGGUGAGCGUGCCACCCCAUCGUCCGUGAAAAUCCUGGCCGACAUGCGACGCUGCGCAUUCGAUUUGGAUUUCCUGAUCUCCCGACAGCCGCGGGAGAACUCGUCGGCGCAUCCUACCCACCAUCAACCCAGUAGAAAUCUGGCACCGAACGAAUUAGAAUACCUCGAUGUCUUUGGGUUCUUCAACGUACCGCGUGUGCCGACGGUACCGACCCCGGUGCCUGCCAACCUGGAGAUCAACGACGCCAUCACCAACCCCAUGUCCAUUCCUGGUCUCACCGGGACGGCGUCAUCUACUGCGCCUGCGGGCAAUAACAACGAAUUUAACAUUACCAACUAUAUGAUCCCGACACCGGAGACCGAUUGGUUGUUCCGGCCACCUGGAUAG